UUUCAGUUUUUUACCAACUUCAUUGCUUGUAACACCUUCAACUUACAAUCCCAAAAAAAAUUGUUUGCAAAUCUUUCGUUUUUACAUUGGGCUGUAAAAGAAAAAUUCAUUAAGUUCCUCUUGUGAAGAAGUUGUGAAAAUUUUGUGAAGUAUCAAAGAGGAUAAAUCCUUCAGUGCAAAAACAUCUCAAAAGCUCAAAAACGCCUCUCAGCGCCACAGGAGGCAUCCACUGGGCAGUCUCCGCACACACAUCCACCCCCCGCAGAGGACCUGAUAAGGACACCGAUAAACACAGUGGUAAAGCAUGCUGAUGAUGGGACUCACAUCAAUUUGGUGGCUCUUCCUGCUGUUCAUGCGCUGUAGCGGUGUCCUCGCGGCAUCGAAGGGUCGCGACGGUGCCAGGAUGGCCCGAAGUGGGGGUUUCCCUAAAUUUCCACUAGAUGACACGCGACGACCAUUCCUCUUGCUUCCGGACACAAACCCCCGGGGACCGUGGACACCUGAUAAACCCUUUGAGUGCGGUACGCGUUUCAUUCGUUUCCAACCACAGCGCAAGGGGCGAAUAAUUGGUGGAACAGUACCCCCCUACGGUGCAUACCCGUGGCAAGUUGAAAUUCAAACUUUCCACUAUGAUCGAUCCAAUUUUGAGCAUCACUGUGGGGGUGCUGUGAUAGGAGAAAGGCUAGUCCUUACAGCAGCACACUGCUUGCAGGUCCCUCAACUAGAGUACCUUCGUGUUGUAAUUGGUGAUCACAGCUUAAAGGUGCGUGAUCUUCAUGAGCAUAGUUUCCGUGUUGAACGAAUUUUGGUACAUCCACACUUCCGGAAAAGUGGCCCAUAUAGCAAUGAUAUUGGAUUAAUAAAAGUUCGUGCAUCGAGUAUAUCUGGAAUUGGUUUCAACACGCACGUACGACCAAUUUGUGUACCAGCCGAGGGACAGACACCCCCACCGGGCUCUUGGUGUUCAGUAACUGGAUGGGGUGCACACAAAGCCGAGGAUGUGCGAAGUGUAGCAUCAACACUGAGGGUAGCUGCAGUACCCCUAAUGGAUUUGGACACAUGCCGAAAGAGCUCAAUAAACGGCGGUCGACAGCAACCGAUUCUCGAGUCGAUGCUCUGCGCAGGCUUCCUCCAGGGUGGGGUGGAUUCAUGCUCCGGCGACAGCGGCGGUCCACUUGCGUGCGAACACAACGGACGCUUCACCCUCGCGGGGCUCGUCUCAUGGGGUGAUGGAUGCGCAAAGAAGAAUCGCCCGGGAGUCUAUACGCGCGUGGAAUCAUUCCACGAAUGGAUCUCGGAGUCAAUGGAGAUCCUCGAAAGUGACGACUAGCGCCCAUCCUCACCGUCUCAUGAGCCACAUUACAAGAAUUUUUUCUCACCACAUUUUACUUUGUUUUUUCUUUUAGUUUAAAUAAAUUAUUUUUUACCAAAA